AUUUCCGAUUGCAUUAGCCAGCUUAACAAAGAAGAGUGUAAAGAUGGAAAUAAGUAGACAUUCUCUAUAGAUAUUAUUGAUAGUGAAUUCUAUGUUUACGAUGAACAAGAAUGUCGUCUUAUUCGUGGAGAACAAUUCCUUGUAAAAGAAAUGCGCCGUUUAGCUGAAGUAAGAAGUGAUAAGUAAUAAACUCAGGUGCAUAAAGUUCAUAGAAUGUAGAUUUAAAGUGAUAAUAUGGAUUGAUUAAGUGCCAGAAUUAUGCUGAAAAGUGAAAAGUGAGAAUGCUCAAGUGGGCUGUAUUCCCUAAACCUGAGGAGUUCAGGAAGAGAAUAGUGGGUUCUGACCCACGGGCUGCAACAUGCCGAGGGAAGUUGCAAUCAAAGCGUUCCAAGUUAAAUAUGGAAAUAAACAAGGAACUCAUGCUGAGAAGUGGGGCAGAGAAUCUGUUCAAAGCAACAACAAACAAGAAGAUGAGAGAAACUGUAGCUCUAGAACUCAGUUUUGUUAAUUCAAACCUGCAGCUACUCAAGGAGCAGCUUGCUGAGCUAAACAGUUCAGUUGAACUAUAUCAGGCUGGUUCCCAACUACUGGUUCCCAUGAUACCUCUUGGUCUCAAGGAAACUAAAGAGAUAGAACUCCAGGAACCUUUUAAGGAUUUUAUCCUUGAACACUACAGUGAGGAUGGUGGAGAGCAUGAUGAAUCCCUGGCUGAACUCCAGGAUCUCAGACAAGCAAUGCGAACUCCAACCAGGGACAGUCAUGGUAUCUCCCUUCUCUUCCAAUACUAUAAUCAUCUUUACUACAUUGAGAGGAGAUUCUUCCCCCCUGACAGGAGUCUAGGAAUAUUCUUCGAAUGGUAUGACAGUUUGACCGGGGUUCCUAGUUCACAGCGAACUGUUGCGUUUGAGAAAGCAUCUGUUUUAUUUAAUAUCGGCGGUUUGUAUACACAGAUCGGUACCCGCCAGGAUAGAGGAACAGAGGCGGGAUUAGACGCCGCCGUAGAUAAUUUUCUCAGGGCCGCUGGAACCUUUCAGUACAUUCACGAGAACUUUACCAACGCUCCCAGCAUGGACCUGGGUCCUGAGACCCUGCAGAUGUUGGUUCAGCUGAUGUGUGGACAGGCUAGGGAAUGCCUGCUGGAGAAAAGCAGACUAGGCUUCCAGGAUCAGAAGGAUCGAUCUGAUGGUGAGGAGGAGAGCGAUGAGGAUGAUGAUGAUGAGAAGAGAUUAAAACCUGAUGAUCUUGGUAUAGAUCAUUGUCUAGAACUAGGUCAGGAGUCUGCUCACGUGGGCGAGGUGUAUGAAAAGGUUUAUCAGGCAAUAUCACAACAGCAAGUUAAAGAUUAUGUUCCUUUCAGCUGGGUGGCGCUUAUACAGGUGAAACGAGAACAUUACAGAGCUCUAGCUCACUACUAUGUAGCUGUAGGACUCCUAGAUCAUACAGGAGACUUGGAUCAGAGAACUAAAGAUACAUUACUCUUCCUACACGAUACCAAGGAGAGUAAACUCCAGUUACCUGAAACUAAAGAACAGAGAAAAUAUCUUGGAAAAGCGCAUCUGCGUGAAGCUCUCCUUUUGCACGAGGAAGCGCAGCGUAUAAACCGGAUGUGCCGUGAACUCCGGAAGAAGGAUCAGCUGGCCGAGGUGCUGAGGAUGUCCCGUGAGAAUUCAUUAAACAAAUACGCAGAUAUAGAUGAUGAAGACGACUUUCAGGAGGUACUAGACCCCCCUCCUGUUCUCCCCUCCACCACCUACCAGUUGACCCUUUCAUUCCCAGACACAGCUCAAUAUAGGGUGACAGAUCUUUUUAAGAGCCUGGGCCCUGUAGCUGUAUUUAAUGCUAAACAUCAUUGGUCGGCUCCUAGAACUAUACAGCUCAGGAAACGUGAUGAUGAAGGAUAUGGUUUCAGUGUGAGAGGAGAUGCUCCUGUAGUCAUUGCAGGAGUAGAACCUGCUAGUCUGGCACAUGUAAGUAACAUUAGUAAUAAUAAUAAUAAUUAA